AAAAAUUUCGGCACAUUUCAUUGUUGAAACCUUUUGAAUAUCAUGUCAACCUGUCACUGUUUCAGUGGGGUACCAGCUGAUGACGGCUUCGAGCCAUUAGGCGCCCUUUUAACUAUUGCUGGGUUGAAGGUGUACAAGUCAACACCUCACAGCAUAGGGUCAAAAUUCAAAGGAAGUAUCCUCUUCCUUCCUGAUGGCUUCGGUCUUGCAAGGCACAACCAGCGCCUUGCUGACAUGUAUGCUGAGCAAGGAUAUGAAACUACGAUUGUUGAUUAUUUCGAGGGUGAUGCUUUGCCUGAUAUUUUCAUGAAGUAUCUGCCUGGGACAGACCUGGACUCUUAUGAUAAUCUUACUCCAGAGGAAAAGGAUAUCAUUCGUAAAAUUGACAUGCCAAGUUGGCUAGAACGUCAUACCCCAAAUCAUAUCUCGUCGCUCUUAAAUCACUUCUUACCGGAUUUCUUCAAAACGGUCUCAACACAAUCUAGCAAAGCCAAACGUGGCCCCAACACUAAGACUCUUUUUAUCGUCGGCCAUUGCUUUGGGGGCAAGCAUGCUCUCAAUCUUGCCCACAAUGAGUCAGAAGUGACAUCAGUCAUAGUAUUCCAUCCUUCAUUUCUCGACCCACUGGACACCGAAAAUCUCAAGAGGCCUAUUUUUAUGGGCCUCGCUGAGACAGAUGUCUUCACGCCGGAACUCAGCAGCACUAUGCUGUCUCAAUUGCCAAGUUCCGGAACAAGGUACAAAUUGCUAGUGUAUGGAGGGACUAAACAUGGUUUCGCAAGUAGAUCGGACCUUGGAAAUCAAUUGGAGAAGGACAUGUUUGUAGAAGCAUUCAAUGAUGGGCUGAGAUGGAUGGAAUCAACUUCAUAG